CCGGUGACAUUCCCGGCGCUUCCCGGCGCUUCCCGCAGCUCCCGCCGCUCCGCCUGCCCAUGCCCCGGCCGCUGCCCCCGCCAGGGAGCCCUGGGGGGGCCCUGCCUCCAGCGGUUAACACCUGUAAUUGCUGUUCCUGUGGUACCAGAGCUGGAAGUCAGGCAGUCACAACAGCACAGCUUUCCCUGCUGCCCUGGAGGAGGGAAACGUGGCCUUUGAGGAGGGAAAAGGUUCUUAACAAGCUCUGAGGAGAACAGGUGCUGUAUUCCCGGAGACCACAUCUAGUUUGCCCACUCUUCCAGAUCCUGUGCCCAAUGCUCUGAGACCAGGAGGACCUUUUUUCUCUGCAAUGAAGAUGGAGGCAGUGGGAAAAGCUGAAGAACUUGCUGAUUCAGAAGUUCCACCAAAGGCCUCCGAGAAGCAAGAGACUGCUCCUGAUGAAGACCGACCUAUAGAGCUUGAGGCGCAAACCCAGAAGGACAGCAUGCCCUCUGCAGCUGACUCUGCAGUGCUCUCUUCCAUGCCUUGCUUGCUGAUGGAACUGCGGCGAGACUCCUCGGAGUCCCAGCUGGCAUCCACGGAGAGCGACAAGCCAGCGGGCGGCCGAGUGUAUGAGAGUGACUCUUCCAAUCACUGCAUGCUCUCCCCUUCUUCCAGCGGGCAUUUGGCUGACUCGGACACGUUGUCUUCCACGGAAGAGAACGAGCCCUGUCAAACUGAAGCUAUUGCAGAGGGAGACCCUUCUGCGGCGUCCGGGUCCGCGGCUGGGAGGAAAUCCAGGAGAUCCAGGUCCGAGAGCGAAACGUCAAUGAUGGCUGCCAAGAAAAACCGACAGUCCAGCGACAAGCAGAAUGGUCGAGUUACCAAGGCCAAGGGCCACCGGAGCCAAAAGCACAAGGAGAGGAUCCGGCUCCUGAGGCAGAAGCGGGAGGCGGCUGCUCGCAAGAAGUACAACCUGCUGCAGGACAGCAGUACCAGCGACAGCGACCUGACCUGCGACUCCAGCACCAGCUCGUCCGACGACGACGAAGAGGUUUCAGGGAGCAGCAAGACAAUCACUGCAGAGAUACCAGCUGGCUUCAGUCGUGCUGGGGGAUCUGGAGAAGCGACCAGGGAAAUUCCAGGAUUGCUUGACAGGGGCACCGUGUGGGAUAGGAACUGCAUAGGCAAUGUCCUGGAAGAGGCCAUGAACUGCUUUGCCGAGAUGCAGAGGCAGACAGAGGAGAAAUUCCGCAUGUGGAUAGAAAAGCUAACCCGUCUUGACACGGACGAAGAGAGCAAGCAGCAACUGGAGCCCAGGGAACCUAAAAUCCAACUAGUUGGCCAAAGAAUCCCCCCUACCACACAGUCAGGGGCUUUCAUACAGAUGCCUGAUAGCCAAGUACUUCCUCAGCAGUCGUUUAAUUCUUACGUGGGCUAUCAGAAUGUGGAUGCUACUCUGGAGUUUCCAGCGACUUUUAAUAACAAUUUUCCACCUGUCUUUCCAGAGAAUGGGAAUAUUGCAGAGCCUGAUGUGAAUCAAUCAUAAACUUAAGGGGGGGGGGGGGGCGGAGGGGAAGAAAAUCAGAUCUUUGCAACCUUGAUGUUAUUUUUGGAUUAUGCUGAAAAAAUGAGGUUUGCUUUUCUCUUUGUAUAUGUUUGUUUUGUUUUCUCUUUUGGGUUUUACUGCCAUGGUAUCGUUUGGUCACUUCUAAUUUAUAGAGAGUAUGUGUAGUUUAAAAAAAAAUAAAAAAAAAAUCACAGUAUGCCCACAUGCAUGUGCCAGCACACACAUAUAAACACCUUUAAAGGUGUUGGGGAGGGGAACCACCCUAAGCUUUCGUCACCAGACUUGGGAAAGUAUAACUUAGGAUCCUUGUUUAGAUACCCCAAAAGCAGUAGAGCUAUGUUUGCUACAAUAGGAGCAUUCAGGGUAUUCACCCAGAUGCCCUUUUUUUGCAUGUUAAAACAUUUAUAUAAGGAAAUAAGUUUUAUAUUUAAGGAGGUAAAGUACCUUAGAGACCCAGACUAGAUGCAGACCCGUGACAUUUCCUUAACUCUGCUUGCUCACAAGUUUUGCAGCUUGAACACGUCACACAUCAGUUUUUUCUUCUUCCUUUUUGGGCCGAAGCAGGAAAUAAGCUUACCUUAAAUAUUUAGCUAUAUAUAUAUAUAACAACUGUACACAGUGGAUUUUUACUUUUUUUUUUUCUCCCACGUAGUAGUUAAUUUUCUGUCCAGAGUUUUUGUUUUUAUAUCAAUGUCACUGCUGUGUUGCACAUGGCAUGCUUACAGAUGCAGCUGUCUUGAACUGUGUGCACAAAUAGGCACACGUGUAUAUAUAUUUAUAUUUAUAUAUAUAUAUGUGUGUGUGUGUGUGUGUGUGGUUUGGGUGGAAGUCAUCUCCACUAAUUCCAGGUGUCCAGUUUGCUGUUCCCUGCCUCUCCUCCUGAGUCAGUGGGAAGAGAUAAGCCCCUACUGAGGAUAUCUCCCAGCAGGGCCUUUCUCUUCCAUUAGUUGUCCAGACCUCCCCUUAUCAGCAGUUUAUAAGAGAUAACUCCUGGCUGGACUGAGGUGAGAUAAGUCCCACCCAACCUGUGCACACAAAGCACUGCUGCUUCCCUCCUGUAUAUAAGGACAAACCACAUCCUUCAUGCUGGAGUAAAAAUAGUCCUGUCUGCCCCAAGAUAAGCACCAGUCAAGGGGGAUGGAUUGAUUCUUGGCACAGGAAUUUGAAGGGAGGCUUGACAGCCAGAUAAGUAAACACCAUGGUGGUCUGAAGGGCUGCUGGUCUGGGUCAGACUGAACCAUGCUUGAAUGCCACUGAAAUCAUUAUUUACUUGUGAUGGGGAAUGCCAGAGCAUUAGUUUCAUUUAAAUAAUGCAAGCAUUUGCUGUUGUGUGGAUUGUUUUUGUUUUGUUUUGUCUUAAUAUACUAAUAGUUAUCCUGAAUAGGCAGGCUUAAAGCUGUGAUGUUUAAAGUAGGAUUAAUUUAAAGUGUAUAUUAGAAGUCUCUGUUUAAUUCUUACUGUUGUUACACACAGGGAUUUUUUUUUUGGUCACCUCUGCAUUAAGGCCUUUCUUCAUGGGAAGUAACUUCUCUGUAGCUACCAAAAAAUGUAUAUUUAUCAUCAGGUAGAACUUGAUAAAAGUUUUGAAUGCAAAUGAAAAUCGAAAUUCUUACAGUGGAAAUUGAAGGUGUGCGUAGACAUAGUUUAAGUAAAGAGAACCCUGUAGGUCUCCUUUA